CUGGUCUACCCUCCAUGCCAGCAACUCACAGAGUGGACACAGAGGGCACUCACAGUAGGAAGACAUGAGCUGCCUCCGAGGUGAUGCCGUGCAGAGCAGCCGAACUUCGACCUCCUGGUGAUUGGUGGGGGAUCUGGUGGCCUGGCGUGUGCCAAGGAAGCCGCUCAGCUGGGAAGGAAGGUGGCCGUGGUUGACUAUGUAGAACCUUCUCCCAGAGGCACCAGGUGGGGCCUGGGCGGCACCUGUGUGAACGUGGGCUGCAUCCCCAAGAAGCUGAUGCACCAGGCAGCAUUGCUGGGGGGUGCCAUCCAGGACGCCGGCCACUACGGCUGGGAGGUGACUCAGCCCGUCCGGCAUGACUGGAAGAAAAUGGCCGAAGCUGUCCAAAACCACGUCAAGUCCUUGAAUUGGGGGCACCGCGUCCAGCUGCAGGAGAGAAAAGUCAAGUACUUGAACGUCAAAGCCAGCUUCGUGAACAAGCACACGGUGCGCGGAGUCAGUAAAGACGGCAAAGAGACCCUGCUCUCGGCGGACCACAUUGUCAUUGCCACCGGAGGACGGCCCAGGUACCCCGUGCUCGUCGAAGGGGCUUCAGAGUAUGGGAUCACCAGCGACGACAUCUUCUGGCUAAAGGAGUCCCCUGGAAAAACGUUGGUGGUUGGGGCCAGCUACGUCGCCCUGGAGUGUGCAGGCUUCCUCACCGGGCUGGGGCUGGACACCACCAUCAUGAUCCGCAGUAUCCCCCUCCGCGGCUUUGACCAGCAAAUGGCAUCCUUGGUCACCGACCACAUGGCUUCUCAUGGCACCCAGUUCCUGAGGGGCUGCACCCCAUCCCGGGUGGCAAAGCUCCCAGACGGCCGGCUCCAGGUUACCUGGGAGGACCACACCUCUGGCAGGGAGGGCACGGGCAUCUUUGACACCAUCCUGUGGGCCAUAGGUCGGGUUCCAGAAACCAAGGGCCUGAAUCUGGAGAGUGCAGGGGUGAAAACCAAUCCUGAAAAUCAGAAGAUCCUGGUGGACGCCCACGAUGCUACCUCCGUCCCGCAUAUCUACGCCAUUGGGGAUGUGGCAGAGGGGCGGCCCGAGCUGACCCCUACAGCCAUCAUGGCGGGGAAGCUCCUGGCGCAGCGGCUGUUCGGGCAGUCUCCAGAGCUGAUGGAUUAUAGCAACGUCCCCACGACUGUCUUCACUCCCCUGGAGUACGGCUGCGUGGGGCUGUCUGAGGAAGAGGCGGUGGCUCGCCAUGGACAGGAACAGAUUGAGGUUUAUCACGCAUAUUACAAACCUCUCGAGUUCACGGUGGCCGAGCGAGAUGCGUCCCAGUGUUACAUAAAGAUGGUGUGCUUGAGACAGCCCCCGCAGCCCGUGUUGGGCCUGCACUUCCUGGGCCCCAACGCGGGCGAAGUCACUCAGGGAUUUGCACUGGGCAUCAGGUGCGGGGCAUCCUACGCACAGGUGAUGCGGACUGUGGGCAUCCACCCCACCUGCUCCGAGGAGGUGGUCAAGCUACGCAUCUCCAAGCGCUCAGGCCUGGACCCCACCGUGACAGGCUGCUGAGGCUAAGCGGCCAUCCCUGCCAGGCUGAGGGCACACGGCUCACUGCCCCUUGGCUCCACAAAGGGCCCAAGACCAGCACAGCCAAUGCAGGACUUGGUUGGGGGAGUGCAAGCCGGGCCCACCUUGCCCCUCCUCCAAAGAGCAUGGACCAGCCCAGAUGCCCAUAUGCCCUGCAGGGAUGGCUUCAGGGGAUCUGCAGCCCCUUCUCCUGCACCCUGCCACCCCCUCGCCGCCGGCUGAUGACGCCCUGAGCAGAAACCCACCCCUGUGGGCCGCCCAGGUCCGAACUCCCUGGCGUCUCUGGAAUAUAAAUAAAGAUUUAUUCCCUAG